CAAGCGUAUUAGACACCGAGUAAUCACAACUUCGUUUGCUGUCAACAGAUUGUCAGUGAUUUGCUGCGAAAAACGACAACAGUCACAGAGCAGAUGAUGAACUUCCUGGACCUUGGAUAAGUACCCUAGACUUCAGUGUUACAAUGAUGUGGCAGCAUGGGUAACCAGAAUGUGAAAGGACAUCACCUCUGGCCAACAAGUUGUAUGCCAGGUAUCAACCGUAACAUUGACACUGAUGUCGCCCUCCCAAGCAGUGGGUCAGAAGAUGAGGGCGAUGUUGAUAAUGUCACAUGGAGAGAACUGGAGAAUGCUGUUGUCAACAACGAUGGAGAAUGCCUAGAUCAACUGAUUAACUGUGGUGCAAAUAUCAAUACGCCACUGAAUGAAAAAGGAGAAACAGCAUUAAUUUUGUCUGUCAAACUCACCCAUUUACAACUAGUACGUAUCUUACUUGCACAGACACUGUGUAAAAAGAACUGUUUGAAUGUCAAUAACUGUUCAGCAUUAGACCUUGCUAUUAUAACUGCCUUCGACAAUCGUCUGGAGCCACGCCAUACGUUGGCCUGGCAGAUCAUUAAGUGCCUUAUGGAGGCCAAUUCUGAACCGGUCUGUAAGGAUGCCAUGAUGUAUGUUAUACGAACUGCAUUGAAAUACAAUGAUGAAUUGUUUCUGUACAGACUCAUACAGGCUGCCAUUGACUGUUCAAAAUCCUUUAAAUUUCAUGAACUUCUUCUCCAGAAACUACACAGACACCAACCAAUUUACAUGGACAGCAUAGACCCAUUGCUAAUGAAUGCAUCAGAUUUCAGUGUAAAACUGGUACGUUAUGGGUUACCCACAGACCUUGAAUAUGUAGUAAAUUCCUUUAUGUACUACCUUGAAUCUUACUGGGAUUCCAAGGAGAACAAGAACAGUGUCCUUCAGAAGUUGAUCCUGUAUGCAACAGCAGCAGGAUGGUGCUGGUCUCAACAGCAGAUAUCACACAUACACCAGGUCAAUCCAGCUGUCGGGCGCUGGUGUAGUCGACAGCUCACUCAGCCUUUGUCAUUGGGACAUCUGGCACGUAAGACAUUUCGAACAAGUCUCGGGACUGACAUCUCUGUAGCAAUAAGCAGUCUACCAUUCCAGCUACCAGAGUCUCUGAAGUUGUACCUCAUUCUUAAGGAUGUCGACGAGAUCCUCAACAGCAGAAUUCCAAUGAAGGAAAUAUUUCUGUAAUUUUUCUACACUAGUUCCAUUUUAUUGAUGUUAUAUUUACUGUCUACACUUUAAUACUGCAGCAUAAAAUGCAGCAUUUGAAAAUUUGUACUAUUUCUAAAACUAAUUUUGUAUACAAUAGGAUUUCAUGAGCCUGUUAAUUUUCUAAAACAAUAUAUUGGAUCACCAAUCAGUAUUGUAGAUUUAGUUAAAUUGCAAAGGAUUAGGAUAAGGCACACAUAGAUGUAUAAAAAUAAAUAAAUGUUAUAAUGUUUUAAAUGUAUAAUAUUGGUACUUCUUUUAGCAUAUUGAAAUUAAAGUUAUCAAAGUAUAGCUGAUUGUGGCAUUGCUUGAACUGUAGACUUAUACUCAGAAAAAAAUGGUUUACACCUUCUACGAUGUAUAUAUAGAUACUAAGUUGUCAGAUUUUUGUAUUUAAAUGGGUACCUUUACUUACGUUCACCUUCCAUAAGGUUGAAAAAUGUGAAAUCUUCACGCAACUCUUUCUGAUGAAUAGGGCAGACUAUAUAGUGAUAUUUACCUGAUACAUGCAAUGAUAGAAUGAAUUUCUGUCAGAUUUCAAGGAUCACUUUUAUCCAUAAUUACAAAUUUGAUUUAAACUUAUAUAAUUGAUACUUAUAUUUCAAUGAAAUGACCAUUAAUUCAAAUGAUCAUGAGCACCAUUGUAAAGAUAGGGAUUUUGCUUUCAUCAAUGCCAGCUGUUCAUACAGUAUUACAUAUAGUCUUCUUACUUUAAAGAAUUGAGACGAUAGACAUUGCUACAGUAUUAUAAUCAGAUGCAUCAAUCUACUUUUGAUACUUUUAAGUUGUGAGUAGACCGUUAUAGUGCUUUAUAAAUCUAGUAAACAAUGAAUUAUCUCCCUUGGACUGAUCAAGACGAUGUGCCAAUUCAAGUUAUUGAGCUCUUUUAUGUUGGGUUUGACUGUUAAUUUGUGGUAAAUGUUUGCAAAACUCGGAAUCACAGACUGAGAAUAUAAGCAAUAUCAUCUUCAUAUGUUGAAGUACAAUGUACAAGUACAUGUAAAUGAAUUUAUAAUGUAUAUUGCCCAAAGACUGCCCUGUGUUACAGUUAUUUCAGUUGGAACAUCAAGAGAUGUAUUAGUGUUUUUCUCGUUCAGUGUUGCAUUUAAGUGUUUAUACUUUUGCAUGUGAUGAUCAAUGAAUUUUGAACUUGAUACGGAUGUUUUAUAUAAAAGAGGAUAAAUGAUCAUCAAAUGAAGUUUGUAAGUAAUAAUCUCAUUUUUACACAGGUGAACAUAAAUUGAAAAUCUAUACAUGUUGAGAGAAUAUUUGUCACUAAAAAAUCUGAUAAUGUUUUUCCACCGAUGCCUUAUAAUUAUGUAAUUCCUCAGGAUAAGAAAACAUGUGGUUAUACACCAGUAGAUGUACUGUACACCGUACAAGCAAUAGUUUAUGUUGUGAUAUUGUACAAAACUCAACCAGAUGUAAGUGGCCAUUGGUGGUUGGGUGGCACAUUGGUAACAAACCUACUGUUCACCUAAUUCUUCCGGGGUUCGAUUCCCUGAUAAGACAUGACAAGGUAUUUGAUUACAAUCACCUGCCUGACCACAUUGAUUUUCCCCAAGUGCUCUGGUUUCCUCUCACAGUAAAAGCCCUCUUCCAAUUACAUUCGGCCAAAAAUCUUGAUUAAUUUAAUUGAUAUAAUACUUGCAUGGUCAAAUGUGCUAGAAUUUUUAAAUUGCUUUUUGAAUGAUGAAGAGGCCAAUUUAACAUACUAUACAAAAUAAUGUAGAAUGAAAGGAUAUUAUGUUUGAACACACAGAAAAGAACAAGACCAAUAUACUAACUUUAAAAAUUGCAUAAAUUAUCUUGAUAAGUCAAAAGUUAGAAUAUCAACAGAUGAGUAAUAUACAGUUCAUUGUUCCAGCCUUUUUCUAAAUGUAUAUUAUCAAGCACAUUGUACUCCUUUACGCACUUUUUAUACAUAUUUGGAAAGAUGAUGAGAUUUGCAUCUGUAAUAAUAUUCCAAUGCCAAUUUACAUGUACAAUUGUAUCUUAAAUACCCUAAUUCAUCCUCAGCCCAAGCUUUAAUUUUCAUAUAUAUGAUGUUCAAAAUUGAAAUUAUUGAUGGAAUUAAAUCAUUCAUUUAUUGAUGUCCUAUAUAAGAUAUUAUCUGUUUCUUGUCAUUUCUAUGCUGCAACAGUUACAGAAGUAAAAUCUGUCCUUGUUACUGGA